CGCGCUGAGAAGACGCGGAGGAGCGCGGAGGAGAGGAGAAAAGGAGGAGGAGGUGGAGGAGGAGGAGGAGGAGGAACCACGGGAGAAGCCUCCAUGUUUCAGCUGCCCAUCUUGAAUUUCAGCCCCCAGCAGGUCGCCGGGGUCUGCGAGACUCUGGAGGAGAGCGGGGACGUGGAGCGCCUGGGCCGCUUCCUCUGGUCGCUGCCCGUCGCGCCGGCGGCCUGCGAGGUCCUCAACAAGAACGAGUCGGUGCUGAGGGCCCGGGCCGUCGUCGCCUUCCACACCGGCAAUUUCCGUGAACUCUACCACAUCCUGGAGAACCACAAGUUCACCAAAGAGUCGCACACGAAGCUGCAGGCGCUGUGGCUGGAGGCGCACUACCAGGAGGCGGAGAAGCUGCGGGGCCGCCCGCUGGGGCCCGUGGACAAAUACAGGGUGCGCAAGAAGUUCCCGCUGCCCAGAACCAUAUGGGACGGAGAGCAGAAAACCCACUGCUUCAAGGAGAGAACCCGGCACUUGUUAAGGGAGUGGUAUUUGCAGGAUCCCUACCCGAAUCCCAGUAAAAAGCGGGAGCUUGCACAGGCCACCGGACUCACACCCACACAAGUGGGGAACUGGUUUAAAAACCGCAGACAAAGAGACAGAGCGGCUGCUGCCAAGAACAG